AUGAUUAAUGGAUUUUUAUCAGUUGGGAAUGCGUUGGUUUUAGAUAGACUUAUUAGAACAACUAAGUCAAAUAAAAUUAUUUUUGAUUCAAGGUCAUCUAAUGUAAUAAUUUCAUUAGUAACAGAUGACUUUUCACAUUUCACUAAAAUAUCAUUUGAAAAUACUUUCUUUAGUUCAUUAAAAACUAGUAAUGAUUUUGUUAUAUUGCCUUUAAUCUCAUUUUAUAAACCUUUUAUGAGGGUAAUGCAGAUCAUACAAUCUAAAGAAACAACCGAAUUAAGAUACGAACUAAGUUUUAAUAACAAGGCUGUUAAGUAUAGAAAAAUAUUUUAUAAUUUAAAAAAGAGUGAGUUUGAUUUUAAAUUUAAGUGUUGGAAUUCUAUCAAUGUAGAUUUUUUAGCUUUAAAAAAUGUUCUAAAAAGAUUUAGGGAUGAUUUUAUUGAAUUAAGAAUAGGAGACAAAUUUGAAAUAAUAGAAAGAAACACAAAGGUUAUUUUAAAACAAAAAGAAGGUGUGCUUACUGAUUCGGUUAAUUUAAGUACACUAACCGACAAGUUUAAAGUUGAUUUAAAAACAUUUAAAGAAAUACUAGAAGUAAUUGAUUUAUUUGAAGAAUCAUCAUUUUGUUUAGCAGGAUUAAAAGAACCUAUUAAUAUUAUAUUUAGAAAUUCUAACAUAAUUUUUAGUACGUAUGUGUCAACAAUGUAA